AUGGAGUUCAGUCUCAGCGGGAACGGUUUGAAGACAUUUGCUCGGUGCAUCACAUGUCUAGCUCGUACCGGCAACGAGCUCGCCGUUCAAUCUGCUUCUUCUCAGCUGGAAUUUCACACUCUCAACUCGUCGAGAUCUGCUUAUCAGUCUAUUACGUUCAAGCCGGACUUCUUCAAUGUUUACACGAUAUUCGGCGCCCAGGUCAAAUUCAGCGUGCUUGUCAAGGCCGUUUCUGCCAUCCUUAGGACACCUAUUCAAAGCAUUGAUCAUCUAAGAGUUCAAUUGCCCGAUCCUGACGCCUCCAAAGUGCAAUGGACCUUGGAAUGCAAUAACGGUAUGAGAAAGGCCUGUUCAAUUACUUGCAAUAUCGAGCCCGACAUACAACAUCUGACUCUUGAUAGGAAUGGAUUUCCAAGCAACUUUAUAGUCAGGCCGCACGAUCUAAACAGACUGCUAGCAAAUUUUCAGUCAUCACUUCAAGAGAUAACGAUCAUUGCAACAGAAAUUACUUCUUCUCCUGCUGAUGCUGCUAGUGAAAUAGGAGGGAAAGCUGUUGAACUCAGAAAUAUCAAUCCAACAAAAGACAAUGACUCUUCACUGCACACUCAAUUAUGGAUUGAUCCUGCAGAAGAAUUUGUCCUCUACAAUCAUGUUGGAGACCCUGUUGAUAUUACAUUCGGAGUGAAGGAACUGAAGGCAUUUGUUUCAUUUUGUGAGAGCUGUGAAGUCGAUAUACAUUUAUAUUUUGAAAAGGCUGGAGAGCCCAUUUUAAUGGCACCAAAAAUUGGUCUUUCUGAUUCAUCUGGUUCAAACUUCGACGCAACACUUGUUCUUGCAACCAUGCUCAUAUCGCAGCUUCGUGAUGAAAAUGCCUCUGAGGAACCACAAUAGGCCGCCUCUAUACCAGCUCAAGCUGUAAUCCACAAGGAGCCUCAAGCACAACCAGAGAGUAGUCAUAGAGCAACAGCUUCUGAGCAUCCAUCUGAUAACACCAAAAUUUGGUCUAAUCUUUCAGGUAAAUUACUCAGUUCCAGUGAUGAUGACAUUCAGCAAUGUAUCCAAGAUUGAGUGCUUUGACUUGAUACAGGUAGUGCAGCAAGAAGUGGUA